AUGGCAAACCGAUUAUGUAUCGAUCGCUACAAUAAUCGCGAGACAACCGCCAAGAGUAGCGAUGACUCGAGCGGCACAUCCACGCUCUCCACCCAAACGUUGGGCCGUCUGUCCAAAAAGCCGGACCCCAUAUCAUUGGCACUGAAGGGCUCACUAUUGAACGCAUCGUCGCACAGGUCUUCGUUACCAGAGAUACCACUGUCUCCUCGAGAGAAAGAGAUUCUCGAGACUACAAACUUUCCGAUCCCACCGCCCGUCCCCUAUCGCACAGCACACGCCGACCGUCUCAAUCAUUCUCUCUCAUCAGAUGAUGUCCUCAACAACUCAUCUAAUGAUGUCUUUGACGGACCGAUGAAGGCUCCGCCAAAGCCACCCCUUCCUGUUAUCGACGGGCGGCCUCUCUCAGUGUCCGAUAUACUAGAGUUUGGCGAAGAAGAGGGCGUUCCGCCGCCUCUUCCUCCCAAACGGUUUCCCCGACCCGAGAAAGUCCUGUAUUCGCAGACAUCGUUUGAUUGGUCCCAAACGUGUCAGUCAUCCAAUUGCACGUCAAACUGCAAUAGUGUUGACUCGUGUCUCAACUACUCGGGUCUCAGCCAUCUGUCAGCUGACGAUCUCCUGUCGAUAUCCAGAAGUGACGCCAACUCUGAUUAUCGACGCUUUCGGUCGCAACUGAACUCAUAUAACACCACCUCUUCUGAAGAGAAUAAGAGCACGAAUUCAUUUAAUUUCAGUCAUCGCUAUGAAUACAAGAGUUCUGUCACACAAACCAAGACUCAAACCAUUCAUUCGGUGAACAAUGAAUCCAAAGACAGUCUCACGUUUUCGUUGAGUUCUCCGCCCUUUCAUUCGUAUCGAAUGGAUAGUCUGAUCGACAAAAUGAGGACAUUUAGUACCGGCGAAGACACAGUGGACGGCGAUACUCCUCCUCAGUUACCCGUCAAGAUGAGACCAAAGCUAAGUCUGUCUAACAUUCAAAACAUAUUAGAUUCCAAACCAAUGCGUCCGUUGUCUGAAUACGACAAUAUCAUCGGAACUCCAGAUUCUAGUCAUUUGAGUCACAACUGCGGGCAUGACAUCAUCCAAAGGCUACCAAAUAAUCAAAUAAACAUUUAUUGUCUUCAACCGAAUUCAUGUCCACAUUCGAGCUCAUGUCCACAUUUCAUGAACAACGCGCCCACUCUGCAAGUGACUGAUAGCUCGGACUUGGAGAGCAAACCUCCGCCACUGCCGCCCAAGAGGCGCAAUAUCAUGGCGUACAUGGAAAUGGUGGACAGCUAUAACGGUCCCGAAAGCGCCGAGUUUUACCGGCACUCAAUGCAUACGUACGCCUCCAUCGAGAAUCAAUGGCAGGCAAUGGAGCGCUCCAUCCACUCGUCGUUCAUUCAGCAGCGAUCCAUUGCAACCAGUUUUGUGUCCGGAUCUUCAGACGACUCGGUCUUUUCCUUUGGAGAGGACUCUCGAUCGGAGAACUCGUCGACUCCGCCGCCGCUUUUGCCGCCAAAGCAGAGGAAGUCUGUGUUAACGGCGCUCUCGAAGCCGCCCAACGAGUCGCCCGAAAUGAUGCCGCGAACGAGUACUCCGGUCAGUCUUGUGCCCUCGUCUGACAGUGGAAUCAGUUCCCAACCAGAGCUGACUCGUGCCGAGACGGAGGAGCCCGAGGAGGUGUCAGCCCUCGACGAGACCGAUGUUUCCGUUUAUAUUGUGCUGAAGAACACUACAGAAGAAGGGCCUGAGAUUCGCGGCGGAAGUGUUGACGGAUUGAUCGUUAAAGCGACUGAAGUGUCCAAAAACGAUUUCAUGUUUCAGGAGGCGUUCUUAACCACAUACCGGACUCUACUCACGCCUAUGGAACUGAUUGACAAACUUCUUUACCGAUACAACAAGUUUAUACUCCUGUCUGAUAUGAGACAACGAGCGGCCAGAAACGCAUUCGCACUACUGGUCCGAGUGGUCGACGAUAUCAUCGGCGACUACAGUGACAAAGUGUUGGAAAUACUAAUGGAUUUCAUCUAUCAACUGGUCAAUCGCGGUGAUCUCGCCUUGGCUAAAGUACUUCGCGCUAAAUGCAUCGAGAAGAUGGAUCAGCGCCAGCACGCACUCAACGCAUCCAAAGUACUCUUGCCCUCAAUUAACAUCACUUCCAGACAGUACUCCUUAUGUGACUUCAAGUCUGAACAUUUGGCCGAACAGAUGACACUUCUAGACUCGGAUCUCUUUCUCAAGAUUGAGAUUCCCGAAGUGUUGGUUUGGGCCAAAGAACAAAAGGAAGAGUUGAUACCAAAUCUGAACACAUUUACCGAACACUUCAAUAACAUGUCUUAUUGGACGCGAUCUCGUAUUCUCGAUGAGAAGGACGCCCGAGAAAGGGAGCGAUUGGUCCUGAAGUUCAUCAAAAUCAUGAAACAUUUGCGCAAACUGUCCAAUUUUAACUCAUACUUAGCCAUCCUGUCGGCGCUCGACUCCGCACCCAUACGUCGACUCGAAUGGCAGAGGAAUAUCACCGAAAGCCUCAAAGAGUACAGCGCUCUCAUCGACUCCUCGUCCUCUUUCAGGGCCUACCGGCAAGCCUUAGCCUAUACAGAGCCGCCCUGUAUUCCAUACAUGUAUGUCCCCUCACAUCCCAUAUAA